CCUGUUAUCUCUAAAAAAACCUACUAGACCACUUCAACUUAUAAACAGACCGAUUAAAACUCAAUAAUCCCAAAAAUUUUCAGAUCUAACAAUGGCAUCAAAAUCUGAGAACAUGAGAGAUGAAGAUAUUCGCAAGAUUGAAGAAGGUGGAUUCAAUUCCACCAAUAUCCCCAAAACCAAUUACAAUAUUGGAUUUUGUUCAUCAGCUGCAGUAGUAACUAUCACUCAAAAGGUGAUAGCAGAGUUAAUUGGAACAUUCUUUGUGAUAUUUGCUGGGUGUGGUUCGGUGGCUGUGAACAAAAUCUAUGGCUCUGUAACGUUUCCUGGAGUAUGUGUGACUUGGGGUCUAAUAGUCAUGGUUAUGAUUUAUACUGUUGGUCAUGUUUCUGGUGCACAUUUUAAUCCUGCAGUCACUAUCACUUUCGCUAUCUUUAGGCGAUUUCCUGUUUGGGAGGUGCCUUUGUACAUAGCAGCUCAACUGCUGGGGUCAAUUCUUGCUAGUGGGACACUGGCUUUGGUGUUAGAUGUUUCACCUAAGGCUUAUUUUGGAACUGUUCCAGUUGGAUCAAAUGCACAGUCCUUGGCUCUUGAAAUAAUUAUUUCCUUCCUUUUGAUGUUCGUGAUCUCAGGAGUUGCCACAGAUAAUAGAGCGAUAGGUGACCUAGCAGGGCUUGCAGUUGGAAUGACCAUACUAUUAAAUGUCUUUGUUGCCGGGCCAAUAUCAGGGGCAUCAAUGAAUCCAGCAAGAAGUAUAGGGCCAGCAAUAGUGAAGCAUGUAUACAAAGGAUUGUGGGUGUAUAUAGUAGGACCAAUUAGUGGAACCAUUCUUGGAGGAUUUGCCUACAACUUGAUCAGAUUCACUGACAGACCUCUUCGCCAAUUGACUCUCUCUGCCUCCUUCUGCAACUUCAAGACCACUUCUGCUACCACCACUACUACUGGACCAAAUUAAUUCAUUUACUUGAUUUCUUAGCUAGAGGACCAAUCUACCAUUCUCAAGAGUUUAUAUAAAAUAAAGAUUUUUUUUUUUUUAUUUGCUUUCUUCAAAUUUUGUAAUUGUUGCUUUGUUUAUAUAAUUCGUUUUCCUUUUAUAUAUGUAUAUGUAUUUAUUGAAUAUUAGAGUUUUAG